AAACGGAUAUAUCAAUGCGAUCUCUGUGUGUGAAUUAAUUCGGCUGCGACCAUGCAUUUCUUAUUUCGUGUUUUGUAGAUCGACAAGAGUUUUGAAAUUACGCAAAUCUGACUUAAAUAUUUUAUUUGUGGCUGCUCGCAGUAUCCGUUUACUUCAAAAGUUUUAGCAACUAAUGUACUGCUUCGUGUCUCAGUAACAACAAUACUUGGGAACGGGGUACUUGACCAGUGCAAGAGCGCGAUAGAUCACAAUGUGGGGCCUGUGGAGUAGCGGAAUGAUCGCAGACGGUCAUCGUCAGUCAGCGUCUCAGUGGAAUUUUGCAAGGAAAGAUCGACACUGGGAAUUAUUCUGGAAUCAAGAGUCUGAAAUGGCUGCACCGGGACAAAAAUUAGAAGAAGUUUUCGCAGCUUUCGCGAAGUUUGGCGACUCGAGGUCUGACGGCAAGGCGAUAACGCUGACGCAGUCGGACAAAUGGAUGAAGCAGGCGCAGGUGAUCGACGAUCGCAAAAUCACCACCACUGACACCGGCAUCGCGUUCAACAAGUUCAAGUCCAAAACUUUAAAGUACAGCGAUUAUGUGAAAUUCAUCGAGGAGCUAGCCAGGCAGAAGAAGAUGGAGCCGCAGCAAAUAAUGGACAAGAUGCUUAACUGCGGACCUCCGGGCACCGCAGGCGCUACGCAAGCGCUGAAGACAGGCGUGGCGGCGGCGGCGACGGAGCGGCUGACGGACACGUCCAAGUACACGGGCAGCCACAAGCAGCGCUUCGACGAGAGCGGCCGCGGCCGAGGCCUCGAGGGCCGUGAGGACAUCGCCGACACCUCGGGCUACGUCACCGGCUACAAGGCCAAGGACACCUGGGACAAGGCGCACCAGAAGUGACGCGCCGCCGUACUCCCACCCAAACCGUGUGUGCAAAUUAACAAGUUAGCCUGUCCGCUGUUCACUCAAAACAACAAUAAAAAUAUUUUGGUGUGAAUCUUUUUAUUGUUUCCAAAGUAUUCACCUUACGGUUUAACUUUACUCUGCAUUUGAGCCAGUUCCUUAAACAUUAUGUCUAACGUGACACUGGUGCCAGAAAUCAGAAAUGCAGUUAGUACUAGUAUAGCGUUGAGGGUUGCAUUCAUUAGAAAUAAAGGUGCCGCUGUUAAGUCAGUGCUAUACCGGCUUCCAGCAGUUCCACGAGUACGACGGAUCUGAAGAUGGAGGCACUGCGGCCACUUUCUGUUCGUCGACUCCUUCCUUACUGAAGUGUGCGGCGUUGUAAGACUAGCCCUGGCUUAGCACACAAGUAGAGUGUAUGAUCUUGCUGUUCUGAAGUAGCACUGAAAGAGCGAAUAGACUGACUGAUAGGAUUAGAUUGCCUCUGAGGAUGCUAUGCUUUGUGAGACCUUGGAGGGUGUAAGAUGAAAAUUAAGUGAUGCAGUGUAUACAAUUACAGCUGUACUCCUUUAGACGAAAACUUCCAUACUAUAGUCCACAUAUCAGAUGAAAAACAAACAAAUUUCAUCCAUUGCUAACAAAGUAGAUGUAUUCUUGUUUAUUUCACCUCCACCGCGACGAAAUAUAAUAUGUGCUCCUUCAAAUGAAAAUUGUCCCUGUGUCCCUGUGACCAAACAGUGUGUUACUUCUGUAUUUUUGUGGUCAUGGCAACUUGCAUUACAUACAAAUAUACACAUGCAUAUAUAAAUGUAUCCAUAUGCAUACAUAGAUGUAUGUAUAUAGAUGUACAUCUAUAUGUUGACAUACACAGGAAUACAUUCACAAAACAAAUGCAUACAAACAUAAACAUAAGGGAAAGGUUGGCAAGAGUACUACUCACGCAAACUAAGAUGACAUUCAGUGUUGCAGCUGAUGGGAGAAACUGUAAAAGCUUUUCCAUUUACAGUCACUCCCAUCAGAAACUGCACCGAGUAUCAACUUAGUUUGUGCUCUUAAUAUGUACUUUGUAAAUUUUAUUUUGUUGUGCCAUAGUCGUAAGAGAUAUUUUCAUGAAACUAAUACAGACUAUCAGCUGUUAUCUAAUGCACAAUUUACAAAAUUGAAUUUAAUGUAUGUGCAUAAAUAGCACAUGAACGAUUUAUAAGUGCAAAGUGCUGAAAAUGUCUAUUCUUGGACAACCUAUGAUAUAAGAUUAAACAACCACAAUAUACAAGAGUACGCAAAUGCAAAUGUUUUCUUAGAUAAAUAAAUCUCAUUGUCCAAAUUACAAACACUUUUUCGAUGGAAUGAUCAUAUAACUGAAAUGAACACAGCUUUUUAGGCACUUCAACUAAUGCAAAAGUGUGUAACAUAGCCCCUGUAAUCAACACAAUGUUCAUGCCACCAAUUACUACACUGGUCAUGCAUUAACUCAUAUGCUCCUGAAGGACCUGUGUACUUCCCUCCACAAAGUGGACAGCCUAUUAGAGUCUUCUCAUCUGUUUUCAUUAGUUGCUUCUUCUUCUGGAUCUACCUUUUGCAAUCCUUCUUUUUGAAUGGCUUAUCCUCUUCCAGAGAUUUCUUAAAAGGCGAACUUACGAACUUCUUAACAUUUAAGGCAGGGCUCUUUUGCGUUUCCUCUCCUCUCCAGUUUUCUGUAGCUUUGGAGAGGGCUGAAUGUCCCUUUGGGGUAGGUGGGAAGUUUUGGUAUGGAGGGAGAUAUCCCUUUAGAGGGUCCUGGUUUCUGGUUUAGUGUGGAGAGAAUUAUUGGUGAAGAAACAGACAGUUGACUAUCUUCAUUUUUGUCACUGGUUACAAUAGGCAUUUUUAGCACAGGAUGUUUCAUGAUAUUAGCAGGAAUAAAAUCGUCUCCAUUAAAAAAUCUUCGUUUUAUAGCAAUAUACCAAAACUUUUGAAAGCCCUAGCAGAUUUCUCAUUUGAAGCAACCCUAUUACAAGCAUUCCCACAGAGUUCUUCAAUGUGAUACUGCAUAAUAAUGGCCCUCGCUGGAAGUGCCAUUUGUUACACUCUUGGGAAAAUGACAUUUUUAAUGCUCAAAAUAAAAUCCAAAAAAGAUGAAGAUGUAGUAUAUGAUAAACAGGUUUUCGAAUUUACGUUUACUUCAGGAAAUGAAGAAGCAGUACAUCAUUUAGAAUACGUUUUUAUCCUUUAAAAAGUCUCCUUGUUGGCAAAAAUGUAUAUAAAGACUUAUCAGUGAAUAAUUUUGAUAUUUGAAUAAGCGUCUCUGAUAAUCUUUACCAAAUGACUCCAGUCAUACAACCAAUAAAAAUAGUGCACAAAUAAGGUCUUCUAACUGUAAGAUUAAAAAAUACACUGAAGACACCGCCUCUGUUAAGUGAAAUAAAUUAGAUUUAUUAAAUUUUUAAUCAAUAGAUGGAGGGUGAUCAUAUCUGGCCCCUGAAGUGUAGAACAUUUGCUGAAAUACAUCAUCCUCAAAGAGUAACAGCUAAGAAUGGAAGACAGAGAAUAGUAGGUCUUUGCAGAAUAUGUAAAAUUAAGGAGUAAAUUUGUUCAAAAAAUUCUAUGGGUAAUGGAGUGAGUGAAUCACUCACCCCUUCAAAUACUGCGAACGUUCGUGAAGAAAUUACUAACAAAUUACAUAAAUCAAUGAGAAAAAAAUUUAAAGGGAAAACAAUGAGAACCUUUUUUAAAAGAAGUAGUGUAGUCACAUUUGGUGGAGAUGAUUUGUGGCAAGAUAAUUUAGUAGCAAGAGUCUAGAAACUUAAAAGGAAUUUCAAAAAUAAAUAAAAAUAUAAAUAUUUAUUGACUGUAGUUGCCAUUUUUUCAAAAUUUUCUUAGCCUAUUACAGUCAAGGACAAAUUGGGUAAAAAUAUAGCUGUGUUUUCGAAAAAAAAUUAGAGGGAGAGAGAACACCAAGAAAUUUACAGACAAAUGUAAAGAAUUGAACAAUAAAGAAUUUCAAAAAUAUAUAAAAAAAUAUCAACCAUUAUUCAUCCUUUAUUGAAGUAAAUCACCUGUUCUUGAAAGAUUUAAAAGAGCACUAAAAGAAACAAAUGUGGAAGAAAUUUGCUGUUUAAGGAAAAUAUAAGUUGACUGAAAUAUUUGAAAAAUUGGUCGAUGAAUACAAAAUACAAGACAUUCAACAAUAAAAAUGAACCCAAUAGAAGUUAUUCACAAAAAUUAUAAGCCAAAUGCCUCUCUAUCUAAUAAUAAACGAAAAUUUAAAAUGGGAGAUAGAGUUAGAAUUAGCGAAUUUGAAGGAAUUAUAGAAAAAGGAUACACUGCUAUUUGGCAACAGAAAUUUUCAAAAUUGAAAGUGUUAUUCAUUCUAAUGUGAUCACAUAACUCUAAAACUAUUGAAUGGGCAAGAAGUGAAAAUACAUUUCCACAAGGAAGAACUAAAAAAAAUUCCUGAUGUGUGUCUUGUUGAGACAGUUUUGAGAAAGGAAGGGAAUCAAGUAUAUGUUAAAUGUUUGGGUUUAUAUGAUUCACACAAUAGUUGGGUGAAUAAAGAAAAAAUUAUUUUAGAAACAAAUUUGUAUAUGUAAACGUUUUCCCUAUGAAUGAGAAAACUUCCACUUUCAUAUUUUCUAUCUGUAUGUCAUUUUGAUGAUUAAGAUGUCUAUAUGUCUUCACUUAUAGUUCAAUUAGCUGAUGAAAAUGUGAAUUAUUUGUAUGAUUUAAAUGGAGAAGAAAUAUGUAUUAUUCAUAAUGACUACAAAUGACAGACUACAAGUAAUUAAAGUUUAUUUGUAAAUAUGGGUUUUCUUCUCUUAAGACGUUGCUUACCUCAUCUUUGAAUUAGUAUUAUAUCCUUUAGAUUCAAUAAGUUGUAGUGUUUUUGUAACUACAUUCAGUUUAUUAGAAUAUUUAUCAUAGAUUUAAAAAAUAAUUGGAGCUAGUUUAUCUCUAGGUAAGUCAUAUAAUGCAACAGGUUUUAUUUUGUGUUUUACUUCCAAUUUUGAAAUAUAACUUCUUGUUCAAUACCAAUUGGAUGAGACUCCAUAGGUACUUCAGUUAGAAUACUGGAAAAUAUUGUACUUCUAUGUGGAUUUAUCAGAUGAACAUACUUGUUCAUAUGUUCACAGAAUGGUAUGAUAAUAUGUGAUAGAGCAUUAAAGUGAAUGUGAUACAUUUCUUUGCUCCUAUCUACUCUACACAAGCCAAAAUAUUGCUCAACCAUGCUACAAUAAGCUUAUAAUCAUAACAUACUUUGAAUAACACAUAAACUAAUUUAUCAUCUUCAGGUCUGCCACUACUGUAUGUAGAAAACCUUACUGAAAGAUGACUUUUAGACUGAAAUCCACCAAACCCGAAAUAAUUUUUUUUAUGUAUAGCUUAGAUGUGGCAACACAAAUAAUCUGUUCUAUCUUCGUUUCUAUUACAUUGGACAUUACAUAAUAUUUUAGUUGCAGGCAUUCUUUACCUUUAAUUGUUGUUAUAGGUGUUGUUUUUGUUCUUCUACUUUUAGUCUGUUUUGAAAUUGUAUAGGUAGUUGUUAUUUUUCUGUAUCAUUUUGCUUUUUAUUUUUUUGUAGUUUGUAUCACCAUAUUUUCUAAUUGGUGGUAAAACUUCAUUAGUAAUCUAUUUUUGAAAAUCUAACUGCUCCUUUUCUUGAAGAUACAAUUAAACAACAUAAAUUAGAUUCAUUGAUAAAUGUAUAUUUUGAGUGUAUGAUUUUCAUGGUCUGUUUUGUAGGAAUGAAGGCUAUUCUGGACUGAAAAAUAUAACGAACUGUUAUGUGGACUGAAUGUGGUUUUGCAAAUUGUUGUUCUGAGUAAUUAUAUAUAUUGUACUCGAAAACUAAAAUAUAUAAAAAUAAAGUUGUUGAUUAUAUGAAAAAGAAUGAUCAUCUAUAAUAUUAAGUUGGAUGGAAUUUUGUGUUAGGGUAUUAUACAUUGUCUGAAAAUUUUAUUAGAGAAUUUCAAGAUAAAAUUAAUUGGGAUAUGAUAUCACAGUGAAAUUCAACUAAUAAUUCCAUACAACAGUUUCAAGAUAAAUUAUAUUGGGAAUACAUAUCAAGGAAUCGAACAAGCAAUGAUUUAAUCAGAAAUUAUCUGAAUAAGUUUUUUAAAUAAUUUAAAGACAAAUUAGACAUUAUCAGAGAAUUGUAAGGGGAAAUUUCCAGAACGAAUAAAACAGGAAAAAUUGAACUGGGGGGGGGGGGGGGUACAACAAGUGAUCAAGCAUUCUAUGAAAGUUUUACAAUGUAAUUUAAAAAUGAAGUUGACUGGGAUAUCAUUUUCGAUUGUAAAAAUUUUCUGAAACUUUCAAACAAAGAAUAAUAACAAGAUAUGAAAUAAUGAAAUAAUGUGAAGGCAGCAACUGCUCCAUAUGUUUAACUGAUCAGAUAAUUUGUUCUCUUCAGUAUGUUAUUAAAUAUUUUAUACUCUCUCUAUCCUAAUUAUAUGAUUAAUUAAUAGUUCUUAUGUGUGCUAUGGAAAUAGAUGUUCAAAUUUUUCUCAUUCUUUGGUAAAAAAUUAAUUGAGUUGCAGUUAUAAACAAAUCUUAACAUUUCAUCACAGUUUGUAUUAUUACCGAAGCACUGUUAACUACUCCAUAUACAUUUUGUAUUUAAUCUCCUAGAAUUUUAUUUAAAUUUUCCAAAUGAUUUAUUUGACCUUGAUACAUUUCUUGUACAUCAUUUUUAGUCUUAUUUUCUCCAUAUUUACAAACUCAUGUUAAAAUUUCAUGUGUAACCCAUUUUCUGAAUUAUUUAGGUUCUUCUUUUUGCGAUAUUAAAAUUAAUGAAUAAAAACCUGCUUCAUUGAUGAAAAUGGUAUUUUUUUCAUUGUGCAUUAUGGUUAUCUCAGCUUCUCCAUAGAUUUUCUAGUGUUUUGUGUGAUAGACAUCUAUUUUUUUCUAAUUGAAUUUUUAUUAUCUUUAUAUCCUAAAAUUUGGAAUCUUCAAUCUUAAACUAAAGAUCAUCCUGUUGAGCAAUUAUCAUGAAUGCUUACAUUCCAUUGUAUGCAAGUUUGUUGUUGCUGAUGUCUAGAAAUGCCUCCAUAUAAAUGAAAAACUGUUCAUUGAAAAUAUUAUUCAGAUUCAUAGUAUAAUAUUUAGAACAUGUAUAAAUGAAGGUACUUCUACUAUUGCUGCAGUAAUAAGAUUAAAGUAAUGAAAUAUUUUAAUGACUUUGGAUGUUUGAGUCAUUAUCAGCAGCUGCAGAAAUGCAAGUGAGUGAUCCUGCAUUCAAAGAAAAAUGAAUAUUAUUUCAAUUAACAUGUGAUCUUGAGAUAAAUGGUGAGCUAAGUGAAGAGAGUUUAAAUUUUAUGAAUAGGUCUAGAUGUGGCUAAAAGAUAUAUUUGAUAGCCAAAGAACUACUACGUAUAAAUGGAAUAAGAGAAAUAUAAAAUGGGGCUAUAAAGGACCAAAUAAAAUUUAUUAGAAGUAACAGAGGUAGCAUUUCGUUAAUGGCCAAAAUAUACUGAUAUUCAGUUUGUUCAUGAUAGCAACAAUCAUGGUAUUUUACUUGCAAGUAAAAGACAAACACAUAUGUGUGAAAUGUCUUGUCACUGAUGUUCAAAGGAACUAGAUGGAAAAGGUAAUGUGUCAGAUCAUGCUUUUUUCCAAAUAUGAAUAAAGAUCCGACAGAGAUACAUAUGAGAUAUGGUACUUGGAGACUGAUGAUACCAACAAAACAGCCAUAUGUACCAAUUGGGCCACCUGAACCAGUUGCAUCAUUAUGUCAAAUUAAGAAGUUUGAUAAGUUAUUAUUGAUGAAUGAAGCUUUAUAAAUUUCUUAUCAGAUGUGGUGUGGAUAGGUAAUGAAAUCACAAUAACUAAUUGGUUAACUUUUAUAUUAAUUAUUUUCUAUUUAGGUUUGUACUAUCAAGCAACAGCUAAAGCAGUCAUCAGACUUCAUCCAAUCCAGAAUAUGAAGUUUACUUCACAGAAACACAAAAUGUAGUUGUUGGACAAUUCGUAAGUGAAUAUUGAAUGAGAGUGUACAGUAGUAAACAAAUUCCUUCCAUGUGUGAAAAACGUUCUGUGUAUUAUUAUGUUCAUCACUUGUAACCAAUUCGGAGUGAUUAACAAUUGAAAAUAUUAUUCUCAAUAAAAAAGAAAUCGCUGAAUAUGAUGACACAAGACUAAAAUGUAUUGGUUGUCAAGAAUAUAAAUAUUUAGAUUGUUUCUACUCACAGCUAUUGUGUAAAGGCAAACAUUCAAAAACAAGUAACAAUUGUGCUCUGGAAAAAAUCGAAAAUGAGAAUUCUCAGUGUGAUAUUAAAGAUCAUGCUUCCAUUUAGUUUUGUUUUAGUUUAUUAAAUUUUUAUUUCUAUUAAAUGAGAUACUUAAUUGGAGUAAUUAACGAUUGUUUAACUUUUUGAUUAUUGUACAAGAAAUUAUUUGACUCGACAUGAUAAAUUAAAUAAAACUGAUCUAAUUA